AAAGGGCAGGGCUCCCUCGCUCUCACCUGAAGGAGCAGGCGAUCUGACUGCUGCUUUAAGAAGCUUGCUCUCAUCAUACAUGCUGUUAGGGACCAGCCAUCCACCAUGACGAGAUAUUGCAGAGGACUUUCCCAGAGGCAAGCUUUCCUGCUUCUGACUGUGUUGGCAUUGCUCUUUAUUCUGCUCUUCGUUGUUAAGGAUCCAAGGGCAAAAGAUUCCAGGUGCCAGUUCAUAUGGAAGAAUGACGCAAGUGCCCAGGAGAAUCAACAAAAGGCUGAGCCCCAAGUACCCAUCAUGACACUGUCACCCAGAGUUCACAACAAGGAGACAACCUCUGUCAGUUCAAAGGACCUGAAGAAACAGGAGAGAGAGGCAGUCCAAGGAGAGCAAGCUGAGGGGAAGGAGAAGAGGAAGUUGGAGACCAUAAGGCCAGCACCAGAGAAUCCUCAGAGCAAGGCAGAGCCUGCUGCAAAGACGCCUGUGUCAGAACACCUGGACAAACUACCCAGAGCUCCAGGAGCACUGUCAACAAGGAAGACACCAAUGGCCACAGGAGCUGUCCCAGCUAAGAAGAAAGUGGUCCAGGCUACCAAAUCCCCUGCCUCUUCCCCACACCCCACCACACGAAGAAGGCAAAGGCUGAAGGCCUCUGAGUUCAAGUCUGAGCCUCGGUGGGAUUUUGAGGAGGAAUAUAGCUUGGAUAUGAGCAGCCUGCAGACGAACUGCUCUGCUUCUGUGAAGAUCAAGGCCUCCAAGUCACCAUGGCUACAGAAUAUCUUUCUGCCCAACAUCACUCUGUUCCUGGACUCUGGACGCUUCACCCAGAGCGAGUGGAACCGUCUAGAGCACUUCGCUCCUCCCUUUGGCUUCAUGGAACUCAAUCAGUCCCUGGUACAGAAGGUGGUGACCCGCUUCCCUCCAGUUCGCCAGCAGCAGCUCCUCCUGGCCAGCCUCCCUACUGGGUACUCCAAGUGUAUCACCUGUGCUGUAGUGGGCAACGGGGGCAUCCUGAAUGAUUCACGUGUUGGCCGGGAGAUAGACAGCCAUGACUAUGUUUUCCGACUGAGUGGAGCCGUUAUUAAAGGAUAUGAACAGGAUGUGGGGACCCGGACAUCCUUCUAUGGCUUCACUGCUUUCUCUCUGACCCAGUCUAUCCUCAUUUUGGGUAGACGAGGCUUCCAGCAUGUGCCUCUGGGAAAGGACGUCCGAUAUCUACACUUCCUGGAAGGCACCCGGGACUAUGAGUGGCUGGAAGCUAUGUUUUUGAAUCAGACCUUGGCAAAAACCCACCUUUCCUGGUUCAGGCAUAGGCCUCAGGAAGCCUUCCGGAAUGCCUUGGACUUGGAUCGAUACUUGCUGCUGCACCCAGACUUUCUCCGUUACAUGAAGAACAGGUUUCUGAGGUCAAAGACCCUGGACACUGCCCAUUGGAGAAUAUACCGCCCCACCACUGGUGCCCUCCUGCUGCUCACAGCCCUUCAUCUCUGUGACAAGGUCAGCGCCUAUGGCUUCAUCACCGAGGGCCACCAGCGCUUCUCUGACCACUACUAUGAUACAUCGUGGAAAAGGUUGAUCUUUUAUAUCAACCAUGACUUCAGGUUAGAGAGAAUGGUGUGGAAGCGGUUGCAUGAUGAAGGCAUCAUCUGGCUCUACCAGCGUCCACAAAGUGACAAAGCAAAGAACUGACCAGGGCCCAGAUCAGGGUGUUCCCCUCGACCACUUACAACACAGAAUGCAAGGGCUCCUCAAAUGCUCCUACCUGUGUCUCUGGAAUCAGACCUGCUCCACACCUUUCAAGAGUCUAGAUCUACAGAGUAAGUUCACUGUCUGACAGAGCUACACAGAGAAACCCUCUCCAAAACAAAACAAAAGAAAACAACAACAAAAGCAAACAGGAAAAUCACUGAAAAGUAACAUUGACAGUAAUGUUUUACUUUAAAAUAAAUAAAAUCAGUCAAGUUACUUCCCCCAGGAAUAGGGAGAGAUCCCCAAAGUGUCAGCACCACCCACAAGGCAUUGACUUCAACCUCACAGUGUGCUCACCUGACAUUUUGGGUGAGUAGACUGAACACAUUCAAGGUACGGCAGGAUUUCAGAGUGAGCCCUCUGUGCCACUGAAUGCUUGUAAUCUUAUUGAGAGAGAGAGAGGGAGAGAGAGAGAGAGAGAGAGAGAGAGAGAGUAUGUGUGUGUGUACAUCUGUGUAAAUGUACAGGUUUACACAUUUUCAGGAGUUCAAGGCUAGCAUUGGCUACACAGCAAGUUCAAGGUCAGCCUGGGUUACAGGAAGACUCUGUCUCACAUCAAAGAACUUCCCAGAGUGGAAUUUUGUGUUAAUUCAGAGCCAUGAUGGGGCACCAUGAGCUGCCAUUGAAUAAAGGGACUACCCUCUGA